AUGCGUCCCCUGAUCUGGGGCGUUAUCGCCCUCAAUCUAAUCCUUCCUGCUUGUGCAGACGAUGAAGGGCGAGAUGGCUCUCAGUUCAUCACAGAAGUCCGCCGAAGGACUGUCGUUGUCGGCAAGAGAUGCGUUAUCCCAACCGAUGCGUUUGGCGGGAUACCAGGUUGUAUUCCGAUCCCGGUAGACCCAACCGAUUCGCCUCCUGUCAUGCCACCUCUGGACCCAGGACCAGGACCACCACCACCUGGCCAGACUGUGGUCACGGUUACGGGAGUACCAGCAAAUCCAGGAGACCAACCGCCCACCGCCGCUGUGACUUGGGUCUCCUCAGAGGUUCCCAUCACUACCGUUGUUAACGGAGCUCCAACUACGACGCAGGUCCCAGGGUGGGUGUGCGUCGGCGAUCUGUGCAACCCGGACUGCCAAAUCCCAGUACAAAAGUGCGAGAACCAGAACGGCGCGGGGGUUAGCGGCUUUCCUUGGCCACAGACACCCGAUCCAGCCGCCUUGCCACCGCCGACCACCGACAAGCCGGAUGCGGGUGGUCCCCCGCCAGCAGAGCCAACUAUCACAUCUACUACAACAUCGGACGAUGGUGUAGUGGUGAUUGUUCCCCCUGGUGGCGGAGGUGGUGGUGGUGGAGGAGGAGGAGGUGGUGGUGGUGGUGGGAAUCCUAAUGAUCCCAACAAUCCCACAGACCCGAAUAACCCGGAUCCGAAUAAUCCCAAAGGCCCGAAUACUCCGGACCCCAAUGACCCCAAUGACCCCGACAAGGAUAAAGAUGACAAGAACUGUGAGCAGACAGUAUCGUGCACACAGACAUGCAAAAUCUUCCCGCAUCCGACCUUAUCGGUUACGACAUCAUGUGAAGAAGACCAAAGCAAGAUCGAGUGCACGGCCGAGCCCGUCGAAUCAUGCACAGUCACGGGAACUACAAGUACAACGUCGACAACCUCUACGACCCUUACCGGCGGUGACUUUUGUGACCCUGCUGGCUGCGGUGCCGCAUGCGCCCUAAAGGCCCGAACGGCUCCCCCGCUGCCGGUGGCAACGCCAGUUCUCGGUCGCAGCUCACCCGACAUUGUCAAGUUCAACGAGAAACGAAGUCUGCAGAAGCGGGCAGGUAAUCCUCCCGUGAAGCAGACCAACCCAUCCCUUACCGAUGACUUCAACGACCCCAAUGCUUUCCCGGGCGGGCGCGUCGAGUGGUUCCGUGCUGCCAGGAGUUUCAUCGUCGGAAACGGAGCGGGUAACGCCGGAGGGAGUAUGGGGGCUGUCCCGUCGUCUCGGAUGCUCGACCACAAGGGCCUCGACUACCCCUACAAGAGCGGCGCCGGGCCGUCGUGGGGGUGCACGUCGCUCUUCGUUUUCUCGGAUCGUGGAGUCUGGCAAGCUCACUUUUGGGAACGGGAGCACAUGUACAUUGACGCCGGCUUCGAGCAAAUAACUCUUCCGUUUAUCAAGGAUGGGAAUGCGGGAAAUGGGUACCCUGGUCUUAAAGACGCCGUGCCAAAAUAUUUCGGCAGGGAUCCCGAUGGCGGAGCACCGCCCCAAAUCAUCCAUGUAUGGGCUUUUACGCCGAUGUGGUUGCCCGAUCGCAAAAUGGAAGACGGCACUCCGAUCAUACCUCCACCCCGAGAGGGUCGUCCCGACGUUGAUGCUUGGUAUUAUCACCGGAUGGAUCCGAUCGCCGAUGCUGUAAAGGCCGUCAUUCCGGAGGAAUUCCACAAUUUGUUGCGAUUCCAAGUGUCACUUUAUCCACUCAUCCCUAACAUGAAACAAGUCGUCAACACAGUCGAAGGCCAGGAGCACGGUCUCGCCGUCUAUGAGUAUGUUCCGAAGCAUGUGAGGAGGCUCGACGGCGGGGGAUGCGACACAUUCCGGGCAGUUAGGCUCCUCGUUCCUCCAGGACUGGCCCAUGGCCCUGCUAUCUGGAAAGACGCCGCUCCUGCUGCACCGCCGGCUGGGCCCUCUAAACGAGACACAUGCCCUGCUAACAUCGACGACAUCAUCCGCGCGCAGGGCUACCCAGUGGAUAAUAAAGACGUUAUCGAUCCGGGUAAUUUGUUGAAAGCACCGGGAGGGUCGGACGGAGACGCCGGUUCAGGAGGAGGUGAUGCUGGCGGAGGAGAUCCGCCUCCACCUCCAUCACCGCCUAUGCCUACGCCAACGAAUUCGUUGCCCAUGUGCUCGAAUCUCCUGUUGCCUAGCCGUGGUUCGAACGUGUAUGUAGGCUCAGGGUGCAACGGAGACGGUAUCGAUCCGGCGCAGACGUAUACUUGGGCGUUGGAGAAGAGAGCGCUCGAGACGGCAGCUGCGGCAUGA